AAACUAAACGGCCUCUGAAGAUAUAAUGCAUACCAUAAGCAAGGUGUUUCAUCACCACGGCUCCAACCCACCCCUCCCAACCUCCGCUUCUAAUUACCAUGAUGAUAAUCCUCGACGUCACAAAUUUGUCCAUUCUAGCAAGCAUCGAAAUAUAACAACCUCGGCCGUGCAGACCAGGAACAAUUCAUUUUCAGCUGAUGGCGCCCAAAUUAACGAUAGCAAAGAGAAUCUAAACGAAACUGAAGAUUACUCCAAAAGGCGGGAAAGGCAACAGCAGAGAAGACUCAACGAAGCUAUGAAAGAAAUGGAGGCCGCUGUCGAGAAAGCAAAAACGGAAGCCCUGGAUCUCAGUCACCAAAGUGGGAAGAUAGGCAUGGACGGCAAAUUGCUCAGCUCCGCCCCCAUAAACAUACCCAAAAAUACCAUCAUAAACAAGGCCAAAAUUAUUAACGCGGCAGCCAAAAAAUACCCCAAAUCUUCCAAAGACUCCUCGACGAUCCAAUCCAAAUCGAUUAAAAGACUUUCCGAACCUCUUAACGUUAUCCCGGAAAGACCUGCCACACCCGGGGAUAAUACCCUACAAAGCCACCAAAAUUCGAGAGAAAAUACUCUAAUCAACGACAAGCAAAAACAGCAGGAAAAGGAAGAAAUCGUUAGCAACAUGAACCUCGCAACGAAAGCGGAAAGAAAUUUUAAGCUACCGUUCAGGGGCCUCAUCAUAAACAGUAGCGGGGGCAAGCCGGCUAAAUUGUCGAGCGGCACUACGAAACCCGGGUUAGAUCGCGCCGGCAAUGACGAUGGCGCUAACGCCAAAAAUAAGGCGGAAUCCGGUGACCGUGAUUUAGGUCUAAAUGGGAAGGAUGAAUUCGUCCCUAGAGAAAUAUCCGCUCAGCGUAACAAUGAAGAAAAUGACACUUUCAGCCUAGCAGAUGAUGACGACGAUGACGAAGACGGAAUGCCAGUUGAUGACUUCGAAGAAGAGGAUAUGGAGGAUGAGCCUGAGAAUGACGAUGAGGAAGGGGAAGAGGAAGAACGGGAUGACGACCUACUCGCCGCCGAUGAUGAUGAUAAACAAGAAGGCAGUCGUCAACCUAAAGGUCUAGGCCGCCGUUACGUGCGUAAUUCUUUCGAUCCACGCAAAAACAACGCACUUUUAAAUCGUCGAAAUCAUUUGCUUAUUAGCCAAGAAGCAGUUAGCUCGCCUAACCCCGCCCAUGAUUCUUUUACACCGAAUUCUUAUUAUUCAAAACCACCCUCGGGUAUUGAUAUGUCAUCGGAAAAUGAUGCAAAUCAAAGUUAUUCUCACGAACCUUCCUUAUCGCUUUACCCUCUCAUGAUGGUAGGCUCUUGCCCCCCAUCCUAUCACAUAUUAUCGGCUAAAGGGGAUAGAGAAUCUCUAUUACCAUGUUUCGAAGUCGUCGACAAAACGGUUACCGAAACCGAUCAUCCUGUGGUAGAGAAUAUUGAGUUGUCACAAAAGCUAUAUCCGCAGAUAAAUAAUGCGCAGCUCGACGAUGUGGAAGGAUCGGAAGAAUUCGGAGAUAUUGAGCAAGAAAAUAACCUAAAGGUGGAGGAAGAAGAUCCUUACCCGAGCAAUCAAGAUACCCUAACUUCUUUGGCGGGGGUUGAGGUCAUGCCCUUGUUCACCCGCAAGCGUUCGUGCCCAUCUUUCCAACUACGAGCUGUCGAUUCGAAAGAUGUUAUACUUGAAAGAAAAGGCUCCAAAGGUGGAGCUUUUCAGAGGCAACAACGACUUUCAAAGAUUUUUUCUCCCGCCUCCGUUUUUGGAAUCAAUAAUAAAAAUAGGAAUAACGUGAUGGAUCUCGAAUCGGGUCUUUUACCGUCCCGCCACGAAAUCCCUUAUUCGUCACCCUCGUAUUCUUCCUCUCAUCAUCAUCUGUCUCGUCAAUUCACCAAUAUUUCUCGCGUAAUUUCUCCGUCUUCUUUGAAUUUGUCCCACGACAACAAUAAUAAUAACAGACAAGAAAAUAACACAGUGACUCCUAGGAAUAGGAGGUAUUCUUCUCCCUCUAAAAUUCAAAUGGCGGGCCAGGAGUCGACAGACGUUCAGAACAAUACAUCGCAAGAUACGUCCGAUCAUUGGUGGGAAGAAAAGGAGAAUCCAGAACUCUACAUUAUUCAGGACGACUUUUCUUCUAGCCCUUUCAGUAACGCGAACGAAUUUCCGGCUGUCUCUUAUAACGAAAUUACUUCCAUGGCCCAGGAAGAAUCUAAAAAAGACGUCAGAUCUAGAUCGAGGAAUAGAUUUUCUCUCUCCCGCGCAUCUGCGUGCGAUGGAGACGAAGGAUUUCCAAGAGCCCUGACCCGUGACCUUUCCGUUCAUUUUGAACCAACUCCCCACGACAAUAUUAAAAUGGACUCGUCGGGAGGCGUGAUUCGUAAAAGAAUAGGUCAAAGGAUUGGUCAGUUUUUCACUCGAAACAACAAAUACGCUCGUGAACGGGAUCGCGACAGAGUAUCUUUCAGGAGGAGACAACGCGACGCUAAAGCGACAAACGAGUAUAACAUCGUCGAUAAUAUGAAUAAUCAUCUUUCAUCUAAUCUUGUAAUACCAAAAACACCUGGCCCCGAAGAUUUUAACGCUUAUAACACUACCCAAAACAACGAGUGCCACGUCGAUUUUAACAAUAAUGUCUGCGAACGUGUUGCUAAGAUCGACGCAGAAUCGCCGCACCCCGUCUUAUUCCGUCCCGACUUCGACAAGGAUAGGUCUCCCAUUCAUCCUCUUCUCGAUAUAACAGAUGAUCAGGUAUCAAACAAAGUCAUGCCCACAUUACCUCCUUUAGCUUUCCAACAAUUGCCCUGUACGAAUAACGAUGAUGGCGUGGAUCCACCGCAUGAUAAUCAUUCCAAUCAAGUCCUUCAACCGACCACCACUCCGGAUGCCUUAUCGAUUAUCCCCUCUAUACUCAACGAUUCAAAAGAUUCUUUGGAGAGUCAAAGUAGUAACGACACGAUAAACAGCUUAUCUGCCUUGAUACACGAAACUUCUUUAACCAAUCAUAGCAUUCCUACAUCUUCUUGAUACCUCGCUUAUUUUUAAAUAAUUAGAUUUUUUUUUAUCAUUUUAACGUAAUUUAGUCAAAUUCUUAUUUAUAAAAUCAUCUGUAGAUAAAUUCAUCAAUAAUUUUUAUAAUAAUUAUGUAUGUAUAUAUUUUUAAAUAUAUAUAGUCAAAUUCAGGUUUUCAAUUAUGCUAAUAAAAAACA